AUGAAAUUGAUUUUCCUUCUAUUAUUUUUUGAGAAUUUGGAUAAUGUUUUUGGAGUCACUUGUCACUGUGAUAUGUAAGUUUGGAGAUCAUACAUUCAAAAAUCAAAACAAUAAAUAAAUAUCUUGAUAUAUCCAAAAUUCCAAUGCGGAUGGUAAGAAACAUAUGAUCAGAAUGCGCGAUUUUUAAAAUACUUGCCAAAAAACCUGAUAUAUUUUAAAAGAUAUGUUGUUUGUUUGUUUGUCUCAAAAGAUCAGGAGAUUACAUAGGAGGGAAAUGAUGUUUUUGAAAAAAUUUCAGCGCAACUUGUGGAGAGGCAGCAGAGUGUCAAGGGCAAUAUUGUUUCACAACAUGGAUUUUGGCGGGUGGAGAACGAGACACAAUGGUUAGUGAGGAAAUUUUGAUCUAGAUAAGUCAAAAGAAAUCUAAUAUCUAACAUGUGACCUAUUCAUGACGUUCUGGGAAACAUUAUCUUCCGAAUUAAAAAAAAUUCUAACAGGGCUGCAUUUCAACUCGACAAGAACUUUCAACAAGUCAGUGCGUUGAAAACAGGAAAAAAUCAGUCACUUGCAUUUGUAAGUUUUUGUUUCAAGCAAAUUUCCAAAAACCUAUUCAAUUUUUUUCAUGUGACACGGAAUACUGUAAUAGCGAUGAUUUCGCAAUUCCUACUGAUGCAACAUUUUACACUCCUCCAACAGUCAAGUGUCUCGAAUCAGUCUCAGAAAUUGAGGAUGAUUUCUGCUUCGGUCAUUCAUGCAGCUAUUGGGGAUAUACUGUAAGUGGCCACUUCAAAAAAAAACAUCACUUCUUCUUUUUUUUCUUGUUAGCGUCAGAACGAAUUUGGUGAUUUGAAAGCGUAUUCGAUUGUUCAAGGAUGUUCGAAUGCGAUCGGUAGGGAAUUUUUUAGUUGAAAAAAAUCAGGGGGUACACAAUAAAAAAAAUAAUUUGAGAUAUGUUGAAUGUUUACGGCAAAACUAACAGUUGUUCAUUAAUUGGAGAUUCAUUUGUGUGUCUUUGUGGAAGUGAAUAUUGUAACAAACAACAACCUUAUGAAGUUAAAAUUGGAAAUACGAAAUGUUAUCGAUUUGAUUCUCAAAAAAUGUAUCGAUCUGAAUAUUGUUAUGGUGAUUUAUGCUUUCGUAAAAAACUUCACACGGCCUUAAUCUUGGUUGUGCAAGGUAUUCAACCAAGAAAUCUUUCGUUUCAGUGAAACAUGUAGUUCUUUUUUGCAGUUUUGCCUACGCAGAAGGUUUGGAACAUAUGUCGGAACCAGGAAUGGAAGGCGAUUCUUUUGACACAUAUCGUUUAUGUGAUGAGGACUUGUGUAAUGGAGAAUAUACUCCUAAUUGAAUUUUUGUUAAAGAAAAAAUACUUACAAACUUUUUAA